GCCGCAUUGAAUCCUUGGCCGUCAGGGGGUGGAUAUCCGGCUUCAGAGGUCGCCCACGACUAACGUGGCCGGGGCGCUCUACACGUAACCGUCGCGAUGAUCCCCAAACACUGCUGCUGCACGUUCCCUUGUGUGCUGCAAAGAAGACGGACAAGUGGCCUGGCAAAACUGGAAUAAGGGGGCUUUCCGAGGCGAUCAUCUAUCUCCCCAAGACAGAUAAAACAGUUCACUUCCCCAGUAGCCCACGCCGUGGACUUUUACCUCCUCUCCUGUCCCUGCUUCCACAUUCUCCUACAUCAGGCCUGUACCUGCAUCCUCACAGCUUCACCACACCUCGACAUUCAGCUCAUUGAACUGUAUACUCACUUGCACACCCUUUUAUUUAAAUCUAUUACGUUUCUUGCCUCCCCUGCUCCCCUGUCUCCCCAGACAAUCGCAACGAUGCAGUACACCAUUCCCGUCAUCGUCUCCCUCCUCUCGGCCCUGACAGCUGCCCAGUUUCCCUUUGGGGAUGUCCCAUCCUGCGCCGUCCCUUGUCUGACGGCCGCCAUCAUCGAGAGUAGCUGCGAAGCCACCGACAAUGCCUGUCUCUGCGAGAACUUCAACGUUCUCCGUAACCAAGUCGAGACGUGUGCCGGGGACGGCUGCUCCCCUGAAGACAUUGGCGGUACGUAUCAACCAAACCGACAAACAAACAACCAGAAGAAAGAGAAGAAGAAGAAGAAAAAAAGGAGAGGAAGAAAAAAAGAAGAAGAGAAGAAGAAAAAAAGAAGAAGAAAAAAGCCAUAGAAACCCUUCCCAGAGACACCUAUACCUGGCACCACUCGACUAACACUCCCAACUCUCAUAGUCCUCAUCAGGUUGUCCGUUGAGGCUUGCGCCGAGAUUGGCGAGACCAUAACUCCCUCGAACGUGCCAACGCCCAGCGACUUUAUCGACUUGCCUACUAUCACUUCGGACGCGAC